UGAUUCUCUUUCUCUCGUUUCUGCUUUGUGCUGCGCUUCUCUCUCAACUGCGAACUGAUUCAGUUCAAUUCUACUUUGCUUAGUGACGAAUCCUUUGUUUCCUGUUGAUUCUAAUGCUGCUUAACUGUUCAGAUCUGACAUUGGGCUGUUUGUUGGGAUUCGAGAGAUACGUUUGUUGUUUUUAGGGAUAGUUAUGAGUUCCCCUGCGAGUGUUACUGUCAUCUGGGACUUUCAGUAUGCUUGGAUCCCUGAGGGCUACGAUCUUCGUUCCCUUAAGACCAGCAUUGAAUCUGCCCUCAAAAGAUGCAAUCCUGAUUUCUUCAUUGAGGGGAAAUUGAUUGCCCUUGGACAUGCCACUGGAGAUAGACAUCAAGCCAUCACUAUGCUCCCUGAUGACUUCGAACUCUCACCUGUCCAACGAGAUAACGUUCCUACUCCAGACCCAGAAGAUCAAACUGCUUUGGAGUUGGUCCUGAAGCUAUCUAUGAAAGUAUUAGACAACAAGGCUAACGUUUUGGUCAUUUCUGGAAACCAUGAUGUGAUGCGUCCGAUUAACAGAUGGAAACAAAGGGGUAUAUUUAUGAUGUUAGCCCUACCUGAAAGCUCGGACCCAAGCUUCUACCACUGUGCCAACGUGACUUGGCUUUUGUCUUCCGAAGAUCCUGAGAGAGCUGCUGCUACCAUGGUUAAUGGAGGUGGACCGAUCCCUCCUGUACCCCGUAUUAGAGGAUGAGCUUAAUAAAAUAGUGGUAGAUAUAACAAGAACUCCUAGUAAUAUCAUCUGUUUUAGUUUCAGACUCUCUUAUGCUUGCGCUGUUUUAGUUUCAGACUCUCUUUACCUGCUUUGUUGUUUUGGAAUAUGACUUUUGAGUAAUAUUGUAGUAUUAAGCUUCUGUCUUU